AUGACAAUCGAUAAGACUUGGGUGACCAUGAGAAAUCGUAAGGAUCCUGCUUACUGGGAAGGUCUCCAAGUCUUUAUGGCACUCGCGUCUAAACACAAAGAUUGUGACGGAAGAAUUUUCUAUCCUUGUGUUAGAUGCAAGAAUACCAGACUGCAUCCUUUAGAUAAUGUGGAGGCACAUAUUUUUACCAAGGGUUUUGAAAGCAGUUAUGAGAGGUGGACUUACCAUGGGGAGCCAGAUGAACCAAUCGAGGCUAACAAUGCCGAUGCCGAUGAGAUGGUUGAUGUCAUUGAAGAUUUCUUUCCUCCUAUAAAUGACGAUGGAAGAGCAACCGACGAUGGAAUUCAGAGGGGUCAAUAUUAUGAUGAGAUGUUUGAGGAGAUCGAGGCAGAGUUGUACCCCGGUUGCGAUUGGAUAUCCUCCCUCAACUUUGUAGCAAAGUUGAUGCACUUAAAAAAUUUGGGAAAAAUACCAAAUUAUAUCUUUGAUGAAUUGUUGAAAUUGUUGAAGUUUGCAUUUCCGAAGGAAAACAAAAUCCCUCCAACAUUCUAUGAGGCGAAGAAGAAACUAAGUAAAUUAGGCCUAGGGUAUGAAUCAAUUCAUGUGUGCAAGAACAAUUGUUGUUUAUUUUACAAUGACCAUGCAUCGAAAGAUUUUUGCCCGGUAUGUGGGACCAGUAGAUGGAUUAAUGAGAACACAAGUGGAAAAAAGAUAGCGCAUAAGGUGAUGCGUUACUUUCCAUUAACUCCAAGAUUGAAAAGAUUAUACAGUUCAAGAAUUACAGCCAAAGAGAUGGUAUGGCAUCGUACUGGGCGUGUGAAAGAAAAUGGUGUUAUGCGUCAUCCUGUUGAUUCCGCCGCGUGGAAAAACUUUGAUAGCAAACAUUCGGACUUUGCAAGAGAUCCACGGAAUGUGCGCUUAGGCUUGGCUGCCGAUGGAUUUAAUCCUUUUGGCAACAUGAGCUUAUCGUAUAGUAUGUGGCCUGUAGUUUUGGCGAAUUAUAAUUUGCCACCAUGGAUGUGUAUGAAGGAUAACAAUUUCUUGUUGACUCUCCUUAUUCCCGGACCUAAAUCACCUGGUAAAAACAUGGACGUAUUCUUGAGGCCUUUGGUGGACGAGCUGAAGGAAUUGUGGACUAACGGGAUUGAGACAAGAGAUGCGACAAGCAAUUCAAUGUUCAAGAUGCGUGCAGCUCUUCUUUGGACAAUUAAUGAUUUUCCCGCUCGCAGUAGCUUGUCUGGAUGGAGUGGCCAAGGAUAUAAAGCUUGUCCUACAUGCAAUGAGGAUACUAGUUCUAUUCGAGUGAUUGGUAAGACCUCUUACGUUGGCCAUAGACGUUUCUUGCCAUCCAAUCAUCGUAUGAGAAAGGACCGUGAAUUUGAUGGAAAAGUUGAAAAGAGGCUUCCUCCAAGACGAUUUACUUGUUUAGAGAUAUUAGAACAAGUGAAUGCUAUAUCCGAACGAGCUCCGGGGAAACGAAAAAGAGGUGAGACUGAAAGUAAUUGGAGGAAAAAAAGCAUCUUUUAUGAACUAGAGUAUUGGAGUACCAAUGAGCUGAAACACAACAUAGACGUUAUGCAUGUGGAGAAGAAUGUUUGUGAUAGUAUCCUUGGCACCCUCUUGGAUAAUGACAAGUCUAAAGACACCACCAAUGCAAGACAAGAUUUGAAAAAUAUGGGAGUUCGUCAAUCCUUAUGGAUUUACGAAGAUGCUCACAAAAGGUUGCUAAAACCCCAUGCCCCUUAUGUGUUGACUGCUGAAGAUAAGCAAUUAUUUUGUAGAUUUUUGAAAGGAGUUAAAUUGCCAGAUGGGUUUUGUUCGAACUUGAAGAAGAAAGUAACUGACAACAAUAUUGUUGGAUUGAAAUCCCAUGACUGUCAUGUUAUCAUGCAACGGUUACUUCCUGUUUGUAUUGGCAAGUUUUUAUCGAAGGAAAUAUCAACCACCAUAAUAGAAUUGUGUAAUUUUUUCAGAAUUUUAUGUUCUAGGACAUUGAAUGUAAAAGACAUGGAGAAGGCACAAGGAGACCUCAUUCAAAUUUUAUGCAAAAUGGAGAGGAUUUAUCCUCCAGCAUUUUUUGAUAUCAUGAUACAUUUGGUACUACAUUUGCCUGAGGAAGCCAUAUUGGGUGGGCCAGUUUUUAUGAGAUGGAUGAAUAAAGCACGCCCAGAAGGAUCUAUUGUUGAAGGAUAUGUUAUAGACGAGGCUUUGACAUUUUGCUCCAUGUACUUCAAAGGUGUGCAUACAAAAUUCAAUUGUCCUGAGCGCAAUGAAGAUGCUCCUCUUCUAUCUCGGUACCUAACAGUUUUCAAAUCUCAAUGUCGUCCACUCGGAAAACAAACAAUAAUACCUCUCGACGAGAAGACUCGCAAAAGAGCUGAGUGGUACAUACUAGAGAAUUGUACUGAGAUCGAUUUUUAUAUGAAAGAGCAUCUCGAAGGAAUCAGACGGAGGGACCCGAACGCUAACCAUAACCUUUUACAUAAAAAAGAAUUUCAGUCGUGGUUUCAUGAGAAGAUUUUCAAUUUGUAUAAGCUCGGGUCAUUAGAACAUAGUGAUGAAUUGCUAGCUUUAGCAUCUGGGUCUGAUUUCGUUGUGUAUUCAUAUCCGGCAUGUAUAGUUAAUGGGGUACGAUUUGUUGUAAACAGUCGAGACAAAGAUCGCAAUACUCAAAACAGUGGGGUGUCUGCUGUAGGGAUAGAAGGUUUUGACUAUUAUGGGGAGCUUGAAGAAAUAUUGCAUUUGACUUUUAGUGGUGCCUAUUCGGUAGUAUUAUUUCGGUGUAAAUGGUUCAAUGCAGAUCCGAGAAAGAAGAAAUUAAUUACUGAAAAUAAUAUCACUAGCAUAAAUGUUAGUGGUAUAUGGUACAAAGAUGACCCGUACAUUCUUGCUAAUCAAGCUAAGCAAGUUUUUUUUGUGGAUGAUCUUGUUAGAGGUCGAAACUGGAGAGUUAUUCAUAAUGUGCAUCAUCGCCAAAUUUGGGAAAAUAUUGAUGCUUCUGAUGAGACUAAUGAUGUUGAUGUUGUACAUGACACAAACUCAUCUAAUUUUACAUUGUUUGUGGAUUUGGGGGAAUUGAUUGUGCAACGAACUAAUCAACCACCAAGGAUUUUAGAUGUCUCUCAAAGUUCCGAGAUGGUGCUAGAUGUUGAUAAUAUUAGAGACGACGAAGAUGAAGACAUUGUAAAAGAUGUGGAUGAUGACUUGCUAGUUGAUCAUCUUGAAGAUGAAAUUCAAGAUUCGUCCCCAACAAAUUUACUUUUGAUUAGUGAUGAUGAUUGUGAUUAA